CGACGACGGAGAUGAGCCUGGUCAUAAUCAAGAUCCUCAUGGCGGCGGUGGCAGUCAAAGAGACAGCGAGGGGCGAAAAAUAAUUGAAUUUGCUGAUACCGAUGCUGUCAUCGGUGAGUGGGCUGAAGAGUUUAAAUCAUUCUUGGGGAAGAUGGUACAUUCCCGAGUGAGUAUAAACAUUGAUAGUUGGAAGAAAGUUUCAAAAGCGAAUAAAGAUCAAAUCUUUAAAGAGAUACAUCAUGACUAUGCUGUGGAGGAUAAUAUAAAAAAACCAUUAUUGAAAAAGUUGGGCAAAAUGCACCGAGAUUGGAGAAAUCGAUUGCGAUCAGGUUUCAU